UAGUUGUCUCGCUUUUAGUAGACGCUGUAGUUUCUGUGAGUUUUAACCAAAAAAAAAACGUUUGUGGAAAUGAGCAGAUACCGGGUGAAUACAAAACCUUUGCCAGUUAGUGGCAAAGCGCCCUAUCAGCCAGUGCCAGUGCCAGUGAGUGCGAUUCGGGGAAAUUAUCGUGGAGAAUCUGAGUCACCGCCACGAGUAGCAGCUACGCGACAACGUGGUCGUCCCCGUAAUCGAACUUUGGAGGGCAGUUCGUUGAGAAUGAACAGCACGAAUCGGGUACAGGAUCUUAUCAAGCUGCUGGUGCGUAUGUAUAAGACACAUGGCAGGUUGGUGCCAACGGAGAACAAUGGCUUUAAUCGAAAUCUGAAGCCAGAUGUGAUUGUUGACUCCUUCGCAACGGAUGACGGAGAACCAAUGUUCUUCCUGCGAUUCAAGUGUCGCAAGAUACCCGAACUGAUUACGUUGACCGAAAUGAAGCGACGUGCUCCAACUAUACUAAUUGAAUUCUAUAGUUCCAGAUUGACAAAUGCUUAUGAGAAAUGAUUCAUUAAUGAAUUAAAUUGACUUUACAAUAUUAUUGA